AUGCAUUUAGGAGCAAUUACAUUAGCUCGAAAACAGAGGGAAGCUAAACUAGCUGCAGCUUUUCCUAAAGGGGUACGUUGUCAAAAAUGCCUGGAAUACGGACACUGGAGUUACGAAUGUAAAGGAAAACGAAAAUAUGUUCACAGGUCUUCGAGAACACAAAUGCUGAAAAAAAAUUUAAAUAAACUCGACAGUGCCAACAGUGGUGGUCAACCAAAAACUAAAAAUAUCAAGGCAGAUUACGGCACGUCAAAAACAGGCAAAUCAAAUGUAAACGCUUCAUCGAGCUCUGAUUUAUCGUCAACCUCCGAUGAUAGUAGCGACAGCGAAAGCAGCAGCUCGAGUAGUACUACCAGCAGUAGUAGCAGUGGCAGCAGCAGUACUAGUAGUAGUAGUAGUAGUAGUAGUAGUAGUAGUAAUAGCAGUAGCAGCGACAGUGAACUUGAAUCUUCUGACAUUGAUCAACAGAAAUUCAAAGCAAAUAAGAAAAAACGCACAUCCAAUUAUCAAAAGAAAAACAAAAAUAUGUAA